AUGUCAGGAGAAAAAACAAAAGUUCGUUUAACGUCAUUGGAUAUCACUGCAUUAGUCACUGAAUUAAAGUAAAAGCUAAUUGGUCUCAGAGUUUCUAAUAUUUAUGACAUCAAUCAAAAGACCUAUCUCUUCAAGCUAGCCAGAGGAGAAACCAAGGAGUUCUUAUUAAUUGAAAAUGGUAUUCGUUUCCACACUACAGACAUAUAGCAAGAGAAAAGUAAGAUGCCUUCAGGAUUUACAAUGAAGUUCAGAAAGUAUUUAAGAUCUAAGAGAUUAGAAGACAUUAAGCAAAUAGGAGUUGAAAGAGUUAUUAUUCUCACUUUUGGUAGUGGUGAAUCAACAAAUCAUAUCAUUCUCGAAAUGUAUUCUAGUGGUAACAUCAUUUUAACAGACAAAGACUUUAAUAUCAUUUUACUGAUGAGAUAGCAUCAAUUCACUGAAACCAUUAAGACUGCAAUAGGAGAAAGGUAUCCAUUUGAAUAAGCAGCAAAUUUAUAUUUGGAAAAAUUCGAUACUUCAGAAUCUAUCAUAGAAGAACUUAUCAAGCAAAAGGAGAAUUAAGAAGAAAAUAAUGAGUAGGAAGAAAAAAACGAAGAUAAAAAAUAAAAAAAUAACGAUAAAGAGGAAGAAGAAAAAGAUGAAGAUGAAGCUGACAAAAAAAAGAAAAACAAACAAAAAAAAGAAACAAAAGAUGGCAAAAAUAAUUAAAAAGAUCAAGAUAAGUAAAAGAAAGACGGAAAAAAAAAUAAUGCUGCUAAAGCUACUAAAGGCUAUAAGCUAAGGGAAAUAGUCUUCAAGAUUGUUCCCUCUUUGCAUAAUCCUGUUAUUGAUCAUAUUAUUUCUUCUAAUGGAUUAAACCCAAAUUAAAAAGUUACUGUUGCAGAUGUUGCAAUUAUUAAGCAAAUGGCAGAUAAAUGCAAGGACCUUAUCCUCGACUUCUAAAAGACUGUGCAUUAGGGCUACUUGAUCGUUUCAGAUAAAAAGGAGGUAAAGCAUAGACCAAAUAAAUAGGAAUAGCAAUAAAUAGAAGGAGCUUAAAACAAUGAUGAAAUUCCUACUGAAAAAGCUAAAGAAGAAAAGAAAGAAGAAGAAAAAGAAAAGUAUUUCGAUUUCUCUCCUUUGUAUUUAACCUGUCACGAAGGCAAAAAGUUCAUUGAAAAUAACUCUUUUAAUGCAAGUGUCGAUAAAUACUUUUAAGUUAUGGCAUAAAAGAUCCAAGAAGAAUAAAAUGAUGUUGAAUCUAUUGCAUGGAAAAAAUAUGAAAAUAUAAAAAAUGAUUAAUUGAAUAGAAUUCAAAAACUUAAAAAUGAAUAGGAAGAGUAUGUUGUUAAAGCUUAAUUAAUUGAAAUGAAUAUUGAUUAUGUAGACGCAAUCAUCAAUAUCAUUAAGACUUUAAAGUCAAGUGGAGAGUCUUGGGACAAAAUUACUAAGAUGAUCAACGAAGGUAAGAAAAACGGCGAUCCUAUGGCAUAUUUGAUUCACAGUUUAGAUUUUGAAAACAACGAAAUCAGUGUUUUGUUGGGAGAUCCAUGUGAUGAUAUGGAAGAAUAUACUGUUGUUGCUAUUGAUAUUGCUUAUUCUGCUCACUAGAAUGCUAGGAAUUAUUACGAAAACAAAAAGAAAAACAUAGUCAAAGAAAAAAAAACUCUUGACGCCUCAAAGUUAGCUUUGAAGUAAGCUGAAAAAACUGCAUUAAAAGAAAUAGAAAAUCUUAAGUUAAAGAAUAACGUUGUAAAUACAAGAAAGCAAUACUGGUUUGAAAAGUUCUACUGGUUUAUUUCAAGUGAAAAUUAUCUUGUUAUUUCAGGUAGAGAUAUGCAAUAAAACGAAAUUAUUGUCAAAAAAUACAUGAGAAAGGGAGAUAUUUAUAUGCAUGCUGAUUUCCAUGGUGCUGCCAGUACAAUUAUUAAGAAUCCUUUUAAAGACAUCCCCGUCUCUUAAUAAACUAUUGAAGAAGCAGCUAUAGCUACUAUCUGUCGUUCAAAGGCUUGGGAAGCAAAAAUUAUUGCUUCAGCUUGGUGGGUAUAUGAUCAUUAAGUAUCGAAAAGAGCAGAAACUGGUGAAUAUUUGCCUUCUGGUAGUUUUAUGAUUAGAGGAAAAAAGAAUUUCAUAUACCCUGCUAGAAUGGAAAUGGGUUGCACUCUUCUUUACAAGUUAGAUGACUAAUUUGUUGAGAAACAUUUAAAUGAUAGAAGAAGAAAGGAUAAAGAUGACAACACUACAACAGUUAGUGGAGUUUAAAUUGAUAACUAGAAUGAUUUCGAUGAAACUAAUUUUGAAAUUAGACCUAAUAUGCAAUUAGAGUCAUAAUAAUCAGAUCAAGGAGUUUCUAUUGUAAACGAGGAUCCAUUUGCUCAACAACAAUAACAAAACAAAAUAGAAUAAGUUCCUAUCCUUCUUCAAAAGGCUUCUACUAGCGUUAUUGAUGAAGAAGUUACAAUGAUUAGAUUAAAUGUACCUCCUUAGCCUAAACCAAAGAAUGCACAAUAAAUCUAGAAAGAAAUUUAAUAAGCUAAAUAAAAAAAUAAAUAACAAUAAAAAGAUGAUAAAAGCUAAUCUAAAAAUGGCAAUGAUGGUAAGAAAUCUAAAGAUCAAAAAGAUGCUAAGAAAAAAGAUAACAAAAAGAAUGACUCUUCAAGUGAAUCUGACAAAGAAGAUGAAAAAUAAAACAAUAAUAAACCAGUCCCAAGAGGGAAAAAAAAUAAAAUUAAAAAAAUGCAAGAAAAGUAUGCAGAUCAAGAUGAAGAAGAAAGAUAACUUAGAAUGCAUUUGAUUGGUGCUAAGUAGAUGAAAGACGUUAAAAUUAAAGAAGACUAAGCCUUCUCGAAAAAGAACAACACAAAAGAUAAAGAUAACAAGGGAAAAAACAACAAAGAUAAAGAUAGUAAGAACUAAAAGCAAUAAUAAAUUGAGGACGAAGAAGAACUUGAAAUUCCCUGUGGUGUUCCUAAAAAAGCCGACGAUUAAAUUUCUAAGGGCUCAAUUGAAGUUGAAGCUUGUGAAGAUUUAUCACUUAACUAAAUUCCCAGCAAAAUCACUGAAUAAUUAUCUGCUGUAGAUCUAAAUAAAGACCAAGCAGAAGAGCCCAGCUAAGAAAAACCUGCUGAGGAAGAAUCAGUUAAAGAUGCUAAACCAAGCUAAGAAAAAGAAAAUGAAGAUGAAUUAAGUAACCCAGAAGAUGGAGAUAACGAAGAAGAUGAUGAACUUGCUGAGCAAAAAGCUAACGAAUAAAACAAGAUAGAUGAAGAUGUUAAAGAUGAAAUCAUCGACAGUGAGUUGUAAGAGCUUUCUAGAUUAGCAACAUUUACAUAUCCUGAAGAAACAUACUCAUCUACUUUAUUAAUGUGUGCUCCUUAUAAUACUAUAUCUAUUCUUAACAGUAAGUACAAAAUUAAACUUGUUCCAGGUACUCUUAAGAAAGGAAAAGCUGCUAAAUCUAUUGUUCACUUCUUUUAGAGCUCUAAAGAUACUAAUCAAUAAGAGAAAAAGUGUUUAAAGAAUAUGACUGAGUAAGAAAUUAUCAAUUGUAUUAUUGGUAACGUGAAACUUGCAGGUGCGGGAUUGCAAAAGAUCAAAGACAAAGAAAAACAAGCCAAAAAGCAAGCUAGAAAAACAAAAGAUGCUGCUCAAGAAAAGAAAUGA